GCUGGAUGCCUGUCAGUCCUCCUUUCCACAGGGCUGGGGGCAGCUCACCUGCGGGAGGAUCUACAGAAGGGAGCAUGAUCCCUUUGCUCCUUGUGGCCGGGCUGGCGGUGUCAAGCCUGGUGACUUCUGCUAAGAGCCAGGAGACAGAGCCUCAGCUUGGCUCCGAGGACCAGCCACCCGUCCGUGCAGCCCAUCGGCAUGACUUUGCCAUUGUGAUCCAGCCGGGAGCCACAGAGUGUUUCUGGCAAUUUGCUGACCGGAUGGGUAGCUUCUACUUCAGCUAUGAGGUUCAGCGCAUUCUCGGAAUGUCACAUGACCGCCAUGUUGUGGCCACCGCACAUACGCCGCAGGGUUUCCUCAUUGGCACGUCCCGGGAUGUUCGGGGCCAGAUUAACUUCGCUACACAAGAGAGAGGUUUCUAUCAGCUCUGUCUAAAAAAUGAGCAGAAUCGCUUCAGUUCUAUACAAGUGUAUCUCAACUUCGGAGUCUUCUAUGAGGGGCCUGAGAUGGACCACCAACAGAAUCAAAGAAGGCAGCUGAACGAUACUCUGGAUGCGAUUGAGGACAGCACAUGGAAGGUACAGAACAACGUUUUUCACAUGUGGCGCUUCUACAACUUUGCCAGGAUGAGGAAAGUGGCUGACUUUUUCCUGCUCCAGUCCAACUACACCUAUGUGAACUGGUGGUCUGCUGCGCAGAGCCUCGCCAUUGUCCUUUCUGGGCUCCUCCAGCUCUAUUUCUUGAAACGCCUUUUCACUGUCUCAACCACUGAUGCAAAGAAGCCAAGAUGCUAAUAGCAUCCUCGUCAGAGCGUUGAUCAAAUCAGCUUUAUAAAAUUGUUGGGGAAAAGUCAACCUAAAUCUUUUUUUUUUUCUGUUCAUCAAUAAAGGCAAAUGGCAGUAAUAAAAA